UAAAUGUAAACGGAAAAACAACAGACGGGAAGUCAGUUGGGACUUUUAAUCCGGAUAAAUAACAAAUAAACAGAAGGAAAACAUGAAGUAAACACUUUGGAAACUUGAACCUGGGAAUUAUCCUGCCCGACAGCUGAAGACUUGUGGAUAAAAUGUGUUUUAUAUGAAGAAGUUCUCCUGCAGAAUUAAGGUUCUUUGACGACACGAUGGCAGGUUUUUUAAUGUUUUUAGAGAAAGUGAAGCUGGGUCUGAAGAUAGACGUCCUGAGGGAAGUGGGACGUCAGUACCCAGUCUUCUGCUUCCUGCUGCUGUCUCUGGUGGCGCUCACACUGCUGCUAAACAGGUAUCUCCACGUCCUGAUGGUCUUCUGGUCGUUCCUCGCCGGCGUCACCACCUUCUACUGCUCCCUCGGACCGGAGUCCCUCGUUCCAAACAUCUUCUUCCCCGUGAAGCAGAGGAACAAACGUCAGGAGCAGGAGCUGUUUCCUCUGGGUCACAGCUGCGCCGUGUGCGGGAAGGUGAAGUGCAAACGCCACCGGCCGACGCUGCUGCUGGAGAACUAUCAGCCGUGGUUAGACCUGAAAGUUCCUUCAAAGGUCGACGCUUCAGCAGCAGAGGUGUUCGAGUUAGUUCUGGAGAACUUUGUGUACCCGUGGUACCGGGACAUCACGGACGACGAUGCGUGUGUCGAUGAACUCAGGAUGACUUUUCGUUUCUUCGCCUCGGUUCUCGUUCGCCGCGCUCAGAAGGUUGAUGUUCCUGCUGUGUUUGCAGACAAAGUGAUGAAAGCUGGAAUGAAGCACAUUGAAAUUAUUGCAAAAGCUCAUAGAAAAGUUCAGAGUGUGGAGGGUUUGCAGCAGGCGGCUCUGGAUGAAUUUGGCGCUGAUCUCCACAUCGCGCUGCGCAGCCGCAAAGACGAGCUGCUCUACCUCCGAAAACUCACAGAGAUGCUGUUUCCUUACGUCAUGCCGCCCAAAGCCACCGACUGCAGGUCUCUGUCUCUGCUGCUGCGGGAGGUGAUGUCUGGAUCCGUCAUGUUGCCCACCAUGGACUUCAUGGCCGACCCUGAUACUGUGAACCUCAUGGUGCUGAUAUUUGUUGAUGACACUCCACUCGAUCCGGCCACCGAGCCCCCGUCUCCACUCGUUCCUUUUUUACAGAAAUACGCUGACGUCAGCAACAAGAAGCAGUCUGUUUUGAAGCUGGACCUGAAGGAGAUCAGGGAGCAGCAGGAUCUACUUUUCCGCUUCAUGAACUUCCUGAAGCAGGAAGGAGCCGUGCAUGUGCUGCAGUUCUGCCUCACCGUGGAGGAGUUCAACGAUCAGAUCCUGAGUCCUGAUCUGAGUGACUCUGAGCUGCAGCGUCUCCACGGAGAGGUCGUUCGCAUCUACGAGACGUACUGCCUCGAGGAGAGCAUCGACAAGAUCAGCUUCGACCCCUUCAUCGUGGACGAGAUCAGGAACAUUGCUAUAGGUCCGUACGACGGCGUGGUGAAGCUCCAGACGAUGCACUGUCUGUUCGAAGCGUACGAACACGUGCUGUCUCUGCUGGAGAGAGUCUUCACCCCCAUGUUCUGCCACAGUGACGAGUACUUCAGACACCUGCUGAGAGGAGCAGAGUCUCCCACCAGGAACUCAAGAAUCAGCAGAAAUAGCUUCAGUUGUGACGAGAGUCGGAACAUGUCGAAGCGAGGCGAGUCGUUUGGCAUCAGCAGGAUUGGCAGUAAAAUAAAAGGUGUGUUUAGAAACACGACGAUGGAGGGAGCGAUGUUGCCGCCCUGCAACAUGAACGAUAUGGACGAAGACAUGGUGGAGGAGGCGACGGUGGUGAUGGAGGACGACUCCCCCGCGGAGCCUCCCUGCUCAGCUGGCUCUCUGAGGAACCUUUCCUUCUGGAGCAUCGGCAUCCCGUACAUCGACCUCUGUGACGACGACAACAAGAGAGACAAGAUCCCCGUGUUCUGCAUCGAUGUGGAGAGAAACGACCGGAAGGAAGUUGGUCAUGAAACAGAGAAGUGGUCGGUCUUCAGAAGAUAUCUGGAGUUCUACGUCCUUGAAUCAAAACUCACCGAGUUUCACGGCACGUUUGCAGACGCUCAGCUUCCGUCCAAAAGAAUAAUCGGACCCAAGAAUUUGGACUUCCUCGAAUCCAAGAGAGAAGAGUUUGAGGAAUAUUUACAGAGGCUCCUUCAGCACGCGGAGCUCAGUAACUCUCAGCUGUUGGCAGACUUCCUGUCUCCUCACAGCAUGGAGUCUCAGUUCCUGGAGAGAAUGCUGCCCGACGUCAACCUGGGAAAGAUGUUUAAGUCCGUACCGGGGAAGCUGAUCAAAGAGAAAGGACAGAACCUGGAUCCUUUCCUUCAGUCUUUCUUCAACUCCUGCGAGUCUCCGAAAGCAAAACCCAGCCGCCCAGAACUCACCAUCCUGAGCCCGUCCAACGAGAACAACAAGAAGCUGUUCAACGACCUGUUCAGGAACAACGCCAACCUUUCGGAGAGGAAACACAACGCUAACUUCUUCGAGGAAACGCUCUCUGUGGACGGCAUGUACGACUACAUGAUGUACGUCGGCCGCACGGUGUUCGGCACAGCUGAUUGGCUGAACCACGCUCUGGCCGCCGGGCGGAUCCUCUUCAAAAACACCUUCGAGGCGUACAUGGAUCAAUACCUGCAGAGCAAACUGGAGCAAAUCCUGCAGGAGCACAACGUGCUGUCGCUCAUCACUCAGCUGCGAGACGCUGUUUUCUGUGAGAGCAGCGAGGAGCUGAAGCCGGAGGAGAAACAGAGCCGAGCCAAGAAGACCUUCGAGGACAUGAUGAAUUAUUUACCAGAUUUUGUGGUGAAGUGCAUCGGGCCGGACUCAAAAUUCGAAGGAGUUCGACUUCUGUUCGACGGAUUCCAGCAGCCCGUCCUCAACAAGCAGAUGACGUACGUCCUGCUGGACAUCGCCGUGCAGGAGCUGUUCCCUGAGCUCAGCAAGGAGUGAACGAGGCGUGUGGAGAGCUGACGCCUGACAUGUGGAGAGCUGACGCCUGACGUGUGGAGAGCUGACGCCUGACGUGUGGAGAGCUGACGCCUGACGUGUGGAUCUGAAUCGACUGUUUCUGAAAAUCCUCUUUACAUUCCAGUGUAUAUAAACCAUUGAAUAAAGAGACAUAUAUUUAUUGAUCUAA